UCGAGGAGGCGCUCUCACACACACAGUUUCCUCCUCCCCUGCCGCUGCUCCUCCUGCCUCGUCGCUCGUAUAAAAACCUUUGGACUACACAGCUGAAGGGGAAAAGCAUUAUUUGUUCCCCCCCCUCUCUGUUUUGACAGGAUGAACAACAGUUUUUUAAACAUGGCGUCGAUAGGUGACUUCGACCCGCUCAACGCGUCUAUUCCUGCCACCAAAGUUGAAAUCACGGUGUCCUGCAGAAACCUGCUGGACAGGGACACCUUCUCCAAAUCAGACCCAAUUUGUGUUCUCUACACACAAGGCAUGGGCAACAAGGAGUGGAGAGAGUUUGGGAGAACAGAGGUGAUUGACAACACAUUAAACCCAGACUUUGUGCGAAAAUUCAUUUUGGACUACUUCUUUGAAGAGCGACAGAACCUACGAUUUGACUUGUAUGAUGUUGACUCCAAGAGUGCCAACCUGUCAAAACACGAUUUUCUGGGCCAGGCCCACUGUACUCUCGGAGAGGUGGUUGGAUCUUUGGGCAGUCGCUUGGAAAAAGCUCUAGGGGGGAUUCCUGGAAAGAAAUGUGGGACUAUUAUUGUGAAAGCAGAGGAGCUGAACAACUGCAGGGAAUCAGUGAUGAUGCAGUUCUGUGGGAACAAGUUGGACAAAAAGGAUUUCUUUGGCAAGUCUGACCCAUUCCUGGUCUUUUACAGGAGCAAUGAGGAUGGAACGUUCACCAUCUGUCACAAGACAGAGGUGGUGAAGAACACUUUGAACCCAGUGUGGCAGGCCUUUAAGAUCCCUGUGCGAGCUCUCUGCAAUGGUGACUAUGACAGGACAAUCAAGGUUGAGGUGUAUGACUGGGACAGAGAUGGCAGUCAUGACUUUAUCGGAGAGUUCAGCACCAGCUACAGAGAACUAUCGAGAGGGCAGAGCCAGUUCAACGUCUAUGAGGUGGUAAAUCCAAAGAAGAAAGGGAAGAAGAAAAAAUACCUGAACUCUGGAACGGUAACACUGCUGUCAUUCCUGGUGGACAUUGAAGUCACUUUCCUGGACUACAUCAAAGGAGGGACCCAGAUUAACUUCACCGUGGCCAUUGAUUUCACAGCUUCCAAUGGAAACCCAGCUCAGCCCACCUCACUCCACUACAUGAGUCCCUACCAGCUAAAUGCUUAUGCAAUGGCUCUGAAGGCAGUGGGAGAGAUCAUCCAGGACUACGACAGCGAUAAGAUGUUCCCCGCGCUUGGCUUUGGCGCCAAGCUGCCACCGGACGGACGGGUCUCCCAUGAGUUUGCUUUGAAUGGGAAUCCUCAGAAUCCAUACUGCACAGGGAUCGAAGGUGUGAUGGAAGCCUACUAUCAGAGUCUGAAAUCAGUGCAGCUCUAUGGCCCCACCAACUUCUCCCCUGUCAUCAACCAUGUGGCCAGGUAUGCAGCUUCAGUGAAGGAUGGCUCCCAGUACUUUGUGCUUCUCAUCAUCACAGAUGGCGUCAUCUCAGACAUGGCCCAGACCAAGGAGUCUAUUGUCAAUGCCUCCUGUCUGCCAAUGUCCAUCAUCAUUGUGGGGGUAGGACCUGCAGAAUUUGAUGCCAUGAUUGAGUUGGAUGGUGAUGAAGUCAGAAUUUCAUCCAGAGGAAGAUACGCCGAGAGAGACAUUGUUCAGUUUGUGCCAUUCAGAGACUACAUCGACCGAACAGGGAACCACAUCCUGAGCAUGGCCCGCCUCGCCAAAGACGUCUUGGCCGAGAUCCCCGAUCAGUUCCUCUCCUACAUGAGGACCCGUGGGAUAAAGCCAUCGCCUGCACCGCCUCCCUACACGCCACCGGGCCAACUGCUCCAAACCCAAAUAUGAGCUGCGAGGCAUAGAAGGGUUUCCGGAGUCAGGGUUUUAAACUGAACUGACUUAGCGCUCUAAAUACUUCCAUUUCCUCAAAGCCACUCUCCAGGUCUGGUCCUUGUGGGUCACGGUGGUCUUUCUUGUGUCCAGGAAGCUGCAUGUCGGGGGCCAAGAGAGAGUGAUGCUUUCAAAGGCAGGAAAAGCCAAUGAGAGUCUGUUUACUUCCGCGACUGUCAAGCAUUCCUCUUGCUAUCUGAUUUUUUUUUUUUGUUUGUUUUUUAAAUGCCUGGGAAACUUCUUGAUCAGUGUUUGGAGGGAUUUUGGAAUGUGUGGAUUCAAGCUGGAAAUGAUCUCAACUGCCUGAUUGACUUAUUGAAGUAAGGGGGGAAAAUGAAGGAGAAAAAGAAUGAAGGAUUGUUUUUCAGAAACACUGUAGAAAGAAGGAAUGUCUCCAGACAAAACAAAGGAACCACAUUAUUCUUAAAUGAACACUUACUCCUGUAAAUAACUGGACAACUCUCUCUCUCUCUCUCUCUCUCUCUCUCUCUUUUUCUUACUCUCUUUUUCUCUCUCUCUCUCCCUCGCUCCAAACAACUCACUGUUUACAGUAAAUGCUGACAAGAUUUUUUGUUGAUACUUUUUUACACACAGUUUCAAUAACAAGGUUAUGACUCUGUCUAAUACACUCCAAUGUAUCUCCCUCUCUCUCUCUCUCUCUCUCUCUCUCUCUCUCUCCUGGCGUGUGUGUCAGGUAGCAGCAGUGCAGGUCCUGGUAGCUCUUCUGUACUGUACCGUACCGUACCGUACCGUACUGUACCGUGUUCUAGUGUUUGUAUUAACCUUUUGCAUGAGUGUAGCCUAAGUCAAGUGCAUGCAUUAGUGACCUGCACUACCUCUUCUACCCAUCUGUCUGUCUGUAGGGGGUUAGUGUCUGCCUCUUAAUCCAUUUGUCACUUCACCCUGUCUGUCUGUCUGUCUGUCUGUCUGCACUGCUCUCAGUCCGAGGAAGUCUGUAUCUCUCUCUCUCUCUCUCUCUCUCUCUCUCCAUGUUCCUACUUUUCUCUCUCUUUCCUUCGCUGUGUUUCCAUUCAGCCAUUUUAGUUUACUUUUACUGUUCUUAGCUGCGUAUUCCUGAAAUUGUAUUUUUUGUUGAACACGACUGAUGACCGAUAAGGAUUAGGGCUGUCAAUCCGUGUAAAUAUUGAAUCGCAGUCGACGGCGCGAUUGUCCAUAGUUAACUCACGAUUAAUCGCAAAGUAAUUACACAUUUUUACCUAAUAUUCUUAUAAUCAAUGGAAUUACGAUAGCAUGAAGCAUGAGAGCGAUAGCCAUUUAAUCAGCCGACAGCACCCGAUCCCUGUUCCCAAGGAACAAUGUGUUAUCAUCGAUUGCAUUGAUUUUUUUUGUUUUCUUAGAGAAGAGAAAUGUAUAUCUGAUUUAUAAACGUAAUUUAUGUAUUUCAUUUAAUGUAGAUUUUGCUGCAGCACCAAAGGUUUAGAACACAGUGAAGUUAGUUUGAAGAAAGGAGACCACUGCUGGAUCUGAGAGUCAGAUUCAGUGUGUUUACAUGCAUGUUAAAACCACAAUGUCCUGAUAGAAAAUGUGGCUGAUAGAGAGAUACAGCGCCACCUACAGAGGGAGAGUCAGACAUACACGGCCAAUGAAUCGAAUUUCUCCUCCGCAUGUAUGAAUACUCGGACUCGGCAAGUUGUCUAACUGCCGGUCUUAGUCGGACUAUGGCCUUAACUCGAUUAAACUGUGUAUGUAAACGUACUGAAACUAACUUCACGGUCAUAGUCACAGAACGUGUGUGCGUUAAUUGCACGUAAAAACAGAAUCAGUGACUUUAAAAGAAAUCUGCGUUAAAGCAUUGUUAUCGCAUGUAACUUUGACAGCCCUAAUAGGGAUAUUUAUCAAUCCCAAUAUUCCAGACCGUAUAAGGUGUCAACAGCCAGAAUGUGCAUUAUAAGCAUUAUUUGCCAGUGCAAUUGUUGUCUGUUCAGAGGAAACAAUGAAAUGUGUUUCUCGGAUCAUGAAGAAGCUGUAGCUUUUAUUGGCUGUUGAAUGGGAACACAGUGACUCUCUGUGUGUCUCCGUCCCUGUCUUCGUCCUUCAAACCGCCUUGGCAACAGGAUGCCCACAUGCCCGGGGGUUUUGUCUCAUCCGUGUCGUCCAGCACCCACCACAACUCCCUGCCCCAUGUUUAAAUCAACAGCAGCUGCUCUCAAACAGAGAACUGUUUGAGCAUAAAGAGCCCAGUGGUCAAAAAUGCGUUUUUCCCUACGUUUGCUUUGGUUCAAAUUUUUUUUUUAAUUGUCUGUACAUUUUUUAACUGCGACUUUGAUAUGGCUUUUUACAUGUUUGUUAUAUAGUGUGUAUUUAUAUGUGCCAAUCAUACGAGUUUCCAGUGGAGUGAAUGAUUGUUUCUUAAUGGCAUGUAUAUGAAGAAUGAGAGCAAUUUGUAAUGAAGGUGCGUUUAAGUGAUGGGUGUUAUACUGUGAAUGAGAUUCGAGCGUUUGUACGACACAAGUGUUUCCUUUCCAAACACGAGACGGAAUCUUGAAGCAGUCGUACGAACGAAAGGCGAAACGGGAACAUGUGAACAUUUAUUGGAUUGUAAUUGAGUUACACUGCAGUGCCACAAAUAUGAAGGUUACUUUUAGCCUUGCAGUACAGUAUUUGCUUUAUGUCAUCAAAACUUUUUUUUUUUUAUAGCGAACCUGAUGUUUGCCAGGAUUAUAUUCCAUUUUUAAGCGUCAUAUUUCACCAUCAAACCGGACACAAUCAAUGUGAAUCAGUAGACACUGUGUAAUGUCAUGUAAUUAACUGAUAUUUAUGUAUAAGUUACAUAAAUAAUGUUAUUAUAUGUGUAUAUAAAACAAGAGACUGUAACCGUUAUCACCCAAAAAGAAUGGGUGCAUGUUACGAAUGUUACGUUUCUGUCCACAUCCUUCUUCUCUCGCCGUGUGUUUGCGACUUUGGCCGCGAGCAGCACACACUCAGUUUUGAGGUUGACUCGCGUGGUCACGUUCUCUUUGGUUACCCCAAGUUAAAAGUUUUGUAACACUGUCGUCCUCCAAAGAUUCAACAGUGCAACAGUCAGAGUUGCUUCGUGGUCAUUAUUAUUCCUGCAGAUUGGGAGGAAAUAGGUGUGAGUUUUUGGAGAUGGGAGCAGUGAGAUCCAUUUUUGAUAUUAGUUCCCAGUAACUACUCAGCUUGAGUGUCUUCGUGCUGCACAUAAAGAGACAAAAAACAAGACCCUUGUGACGGCAAAAUUGGUUUAUCACGACUUGCGCUGAGAUUUUUGUGCUCCAGCCACUGUUAAGCAAUCUGAGUCACGCUGGAUUCACACGUACGCCAGAUUCAAGCGUCGCCAAACUGCAGUUUGUUGGGUUUGUUUUGCUGCAGCUGAAGUUAAGACAUUUAAUCGCCAAGUUUGACUCUCUGGAGUUACCACAUAUCUGUGACGUCAUCCUGGCAAGUCAAAACUAUAAUCAUUCAGUUUUUACUAGUGAGAAUUUGCAAUUCAGUCAGAAUGACGUCACUUUUGCCAUUCAUGUGUUUGGAGUCUGUCAUUAUCCAAAUUGUAGAUUCCAAAUUCCUGCAGGUAUUUUUAUUUAACUUGAAAGAUUUGAAGAUUCAAAUGUGAACCAUCAGUAAAUUCCAUCACCUUUUUGAGUUUCACAUUUUUUUGUAUUUGCAUAAAAAAAUGUUAGGCCAGAUUUAAACCCAGGUCUCACAAAGAGUCUACAGUACAUCCCUGCCAUUAUAUUUAAAUGGAAAACUACCUCCUCUUUCUAAUAAUGUAUUCUUCAGCAAAUACUACAUAUUAGUACCAGGUAAUUACUUCUACUUCUUCUAAACUGCUCCUACUACAUGCUCAUUUCACCUGAUUCCUUAAAAGUGCUUGUUAAUAGGACACUUGUAUGAAAUUAACAAAAGCCUAACGGACUCAAAUUUGUGCUCAUUAGUACAAAUUUGAUUGGAGAAAUAGCAAAAGUCAUGAUAUAAAUAUCAAACAAAGGGUUUCCAACAGUAAGCAUUGAAUUAAAUUGAUGUUAAAUGGUUAAACAGGGUUUAAAGUAAAUAAUUUUAUGAUUUAUGAUCUUUAAAAUAUCCACUUUCAGGUGUUUAAUGAGUAUCUAAUGUUAUUUGGUGAUCCAGGUGCAAAUUUUCACAGUUCAGUGUAAAGUUUUGAAAUUAUACAUGUUUUGAUAAAGAAUUAACUUCUCUACUGCCUCUCCUGUCGAACACUGGCUACUGCAUUCAAAUUUUGCCAUUGGCUUUCUUAAGGCCCAUUUAUACUCUACUCUCUACAAGACAGUGACGAAAAGUGUAAGUGGGCCGUUAGUCUUUUUAUCUAAUCAGUGCGAAGCUUCUUUUUCCAGACUCCUCCCCCUUUUAUAAACACAGAAGCUGUCUCAUCGGCUUCCUCUCUUUCUUUCAGCUGGUGUUAAAUUGACUACCAGGCCACACCCCCUGCACUGUUCUCCACUCCCCCCUCCCUCCCUCCUCCUCUCACUCACUCAGCUCUCAGGCAUUUUUCAAUUUCAAAAAGCAGGCGGUCUCAGAAGAGGGGGUUUAAUUUAGUUUAACAUGUCUUAAGUUUAAACAUUUACUCAUCAUUAUUCAUCCAUUUCGUAUCAUUUUGGGCCAUAAUUUGCCUCCAACACACAGACACAAGUUCCUGCAAUUGUAAGAUGUGUAUGUUUGUUUUUUUAAUUUAUUUUUUAUUUUACUUUAUUGUAAUUUAAUUAAGAUCACUAAUCUUGCCAAGCUCCAUGAAGUGUGUUAUGAUUGAUAUAAGUGUACUUUGUAUGUAUGCGUGUAUGCGUGUGUGUGUGUGUGUGUGUGUGCUGCACCUUUAUAAGAGUUUUAAUAGACUGUGUGAGGUGUUACACAUAAAGACCUUUGUUUACUAAAGCUAUCCAAAUAAUAUAUUGUAUGCUCGUCAUAUCUUAACAACGUGCACUAUGUUUGCAUGGACAGUUUUGCAAAGGACGCACCAGUUUCCUUUUGUCAAAAACUGCGUGUUUUGAAAUAUAAAUAUGUGUAUGAAAACUUAACUGUACAAAAUGGCCUUAAAACCUUCACUGAUUUUCUCGGAAUUGUGCGAUGCCUUCUUCAGAAAAACGAGUUGUUUGAAAAAAACAAAACAAAAAACAAAUUGAUCGUUAUCUAUUUUGUGUCGGUGUUUCUAUUGCUUUCUAGUGGAUUUUCUUUGCACAAGUUCAACUAUGAGGAAAAAAAACUGUUAUCUUGUACUUUUUUGAAAUGGUGAUUAAUCAGAGAAAGCAUGGCUGAAGUACUGAUUGUCUGAUAUUAUAUAAAUAUAUAUUAUAGAUGACUAUUUCUGUAUUGAACUAUGGAUUUUUAAAAUAUUAUUCAUAUUAAACACUACAUUUGCUGGACA